AAAAAGGGAGAACCCAUACAAACAGCAAACUCUCUAAACAAUUUUGCGAAGAACAAACUGCCUCUUUUAUGAUUAUUAAGUUCAAUUUGCAGACCAUUACAUUUUGAACAUUAAAAAACACAUGCACGCAAAAUUCGUACUUCUUUAAAACUGUUUUGUUUACUUCGCAAGCAUAUGGUCAGUUGUUGAGAAAGCCUAAUGAUGACGCAAUGCUGUUGCGCUCAGUUUUCUUCUACGUCUGUGAGCUAAGACAAGAAAUAUUAGGUCCUCUGUAUUUGUGUAAACCGAUGAAGUUGCCUUUUUAUAGGACCGUUGUUUAUUUCUGAAAAACACAGCUUAUUAUAACAAAAAUGGUAACCAGUCUACAAACGUGUAUUGAAGAACUUAUGGAGUUCCCCGUGCUCUUUGGACGUAAUUAAACAAGAAAAAAAUGAUUGGAAGUUAUCUGGCUUUACAGAAGAAGCCCAGUUUUAAUUAUUAGCAAGUGUGUGAGGCAGAUAUGGCGACAAGUGAUAGUGAAGAGGAGCUGCAACAUCAGAGAAUGGAGGAAGAAGACGAAAAAGAUUUGGAUGAAUCAGAGGUAGUCUCGGAAGGUGAAGCAAAAAUGGAGAAGGAUGAAGGGUCGGAAGAAGAGGAGGACUCCUCUGAUGAGGAUGAAAAGGAGAACGAAGCGGAGAUUCAGAGGCUGGAAGAGCAGCUUUCCAUCAAUGCAUAUGACUAUAAUUGUCAUGUUGAUCUGAUAAAACUAUUACGUCAUGAAGGAGAACUCAUAAAACUGAGGCGUGCCUGCCAAAAAAUGAGUGAACUUUUUCCACUCUCUGAAGAAAUAUGGUUGGACUGGUUAAGGGACGAAAUUCGAAUGGCAUCUGAAGAAAGUGACAGAGAGAAGGUUUAUGAGCUUUUUGAGAAAGCUGUUAAAGACUAUAUUUGUCCUGAAAUCUGGUUGGAAUAUGCCCAGUAUUCUAUAGGUGGAAUAGAAAAGACAGGUGGCAUUGAAAAGGUCCGUGCAGUAUUUGAACGAGCUGUAACAUCUGUUGGUUUGCACAUGACGAAAGGAGCAGCCAUUUGGGAAGCCUAUCGAGAGUUUGAAAAUGCUGUUUUGAGCUUGCAGGAACAGCUCUCUCCCGACCCAUCUUCAGAAGAGGCAGGAUUGCAAGCUCAGCGCCAAAGAAUUAAUUCACUUUUUCUGAGGCAGCUUUCUGUUCCUCUUUUGGAUAUGGAAGGUACAUAUGCUGAAUAUGAAGAGUGGUGUGGCAGUCUGGUGCUGGCGUCAGUGAAACAGCUCUACAAUAAAACACUGCAGCAACUGGAAAAGUACAGAUCAUAUGAAGAUACUCUGUUAAUAGCUGAGCCACCAAAGCUGUCUGAAUACCAAGCUUAUAUUGACUUUGAGAUGAAGGAAGGUGACCCUCUGCGCAUCCAGUUAAUCUUUGAACGUGCAAUAGCAGAGAACUGCUUGGUUCCAGACCUUUGGUCACGCUAUACCCAGUACUUGGACAGACAAUUGAAGAUUAAGGAUCUUGUGCUUGCUGUACAUAGCCGAGCUGUCCGCAACUGCCCUUGGACUGUUGGAUUGUGGAAAAGGUACCUUUUAGCACUGGAGAGGCAUGAUGCUGAUCACCAAACUGUUUCAGAUGUCUUUGAAAAAGCCCUCAGUGCUGGCUUUAUCCAAGCUUGGGAUUAUGUAGAGAUUUGGCAAGCGUACCUUGACUAUUUGAGAAGAAGAGUGGAUUUCAGACAAGGUAAUUCCAGUAAGGAAUUGGAAGAACUGAGAUCUGCUUUCUCUCGAGCGAUGGAGUAUUUGAAGACUGAUGUUGAAGAAAGGUUUAGUGAAAGUGGUGACCCAUCUUGUACUAUUAUGCAGAACUGGGCAAGAAUAGAGGCCCGGCAUUGUAACAACAUGCAGAGAGCUAGAGAACUGUGGGAUAGUAUUAUGACAAAGGGAAAUGCUAAAUUUGCAAACAUGUGGUUGGAAUAUUGCAAUCUUGAGAGAGCACAUGGUGAUGCCCAACACUGCAGGAAGGCGUUACAUCGUGCUGUGCAGUGCACAUCUGAUUACCCUGAGCACGUCUGUGAAGUACUUUUAAACUUUGAGAGGAUAGAGGGUACGUUAGAAGACUGGGAUACAGCAGUACAGAAAACUGAAACCAGAUUGUCGCGAAUAAAUGAACAACGAACAAAGGCUGCUGAAAAAGAAGCUGCAUUUGUCCAGAAGGAGGACGAGAGAGCUGAGCAACGGAAGAAAGCUCGGGCAGAUAAAAAAGCUUUGAAGAAGGCUAAAAGAGAUGCAAAAUUUGGAGAGAAACGCAAAGCAGAAGAAAGAGAGGAGGAAGAGUGGGAUACAGAAGAAGUUGCAGGACAACCUAAUAAAAAAACAAGAGGAGAAGGAGAUUAUUUUGCCAGCGAGAAAAUUAAAAAUAUAGAUGCAAAGAUUGGGCUAUUUGGGAGAGAGCUAGCCACAAAAAUUGUUGACCAUCCAUCACAGCAAAAGACAGUGGCAGCUGCACAUAAGAAUGACAUGGGCAAAGUUCUCCAUGAUCACAGCAAAGACAGUAUUACUGUUUUUGUUAGCAAUCUCUCAUACAGCAUGGACGAUCCAGAAGAUAAAAUGAAAGAAACCUUAGGCAAAUGUGGAGAGAUUGCAGAAAUUCGCCCUGUGUAUAGUAAUAAAGGCAAUUUCCGAGGCUACUGCUAUGUUGAAUUCAAGGAUGAGAAGUCUGCACUAGAUGCUCUGAAACUGGAUCGAAAGGAAAUAGAUGGAAGACCAAUGUUUGUGUCACCUUGUAUUGACAAGGCCAGAAAUCCGGAAUUCAAGGUCUUUAAAUACAGCACUGCAUUAGAGAAACACAAGUUAUUCAUCUCUGGAUUGCCAUUCUCAUGUACCAAAGAGGAACUGGAAGAAAUAUGCAGAGGCCAUGGCACUGUGAAGGAGAUCAGGCUAGUCACUAAUCGGUCAGGAAAACCCAAGGGGCUUGCAUAUGUGGAAUAUGAAAAUGAAACACAAGCUUCACAGGCUGUACUGAAGAUGGAUGGUAUGACAGUCAAAGAUCACUGUAUCAAAGUUGCAAUCAGUAACCCACCAAGGAGGAAUGUACCUGAAAAAACAGACCCUAACAAGCCAACGGGACCCAUGGUACCAAGACAGAUAUAUGGGGCAAGAGGAAAGGGAAGGACCCAGCUUGCACUUCUUCCUCGUGCCUUAGUACGCCAGAAUGUUGUAGCAGCAAAGACUGAGAAUGGAACAUUUCCGGAUACUGUCCCAGCCUCCUCUUCAUCUUCUGUAGCACAGGAGACUCCAAAAAAACUAACUAAUGCAGACUUUGCUAGGAUGCUAUUAAAUAAAUAAAUGUCUUUUUGUGACAUGACAUACGCUUGAAAAAUGUUAAAAUGCCUUUUGUGGAAGCCAUUUUGUGUCCUUAUUAUGAGCAAAGUCCCCCAAUGGAAGAAUUUUGGGAGUAGCAGACUUUUGCUUGCACGACCAAAAGAAGGUACUAGAAUGGACUCCAUACCUCGACAUGGAUUUAAGUUGGUGAGUUUUGAAAUGGAUAUGGGAAAUGAUUGGCUUGUUUAAUUUACUUGGAUGGUCUUUGGACAGUCCUCACAUUGAGGGCAGUAUUGCAACAGCAUACUUAAACCUUUUCUGCAUAUUCUCUUGUUACAAUUCCAGUAAUGCAUCUCAUGCUUGCUGAAAUGAUACAAGAUAAUACCCAUUCUCAGUAACAUAUGCUCUGAAGAUGUACAUUAUUUCUUUUUUUAAAGUACACCUAUCUUCAGGCAAACAUCAGUAUUCAUAUAAAAAAUAUUCACUACAUAAUCUUUUCCCUUUAUUUAAAACCUAGAGAAAAAAUUAUAGCUGUAAUUUCACCAAAAAUUGCCUAUUUUAAUACUGUUAUAAAAAGUUACAUGAAAUAAAUUUGUCCUGCUAGGGGUGGCAUACUAUUGUGCAUUUUAUAUCUGUUUGCGUGUAAAUGGUUUAUUGGCAUUUUAUUUUCCAUGUUGCAUAAGACUGCUCUGUGAAACUGUACUGGAAAUUGUAACUAUGUUUGCAUUCAGAAUGCUUUUGCGCCAUAUGGCCUGCUUAUGUGGACCAAUUUGUUUCACACUGACUUGUCUUUUUUAAUAUUUAGCUCUUUUGGACUUCCAGUACUGUAAUAUUCUCUUUUGUAUAAAAAAAGUAAAAACAAAA